AUGGACCUACCCAAGCCGCCGUCCACGGUCGCCUCGUCGUCGGGGGCGGAGACGCCGAACCCGCACGCCUUCACCUGCGAGCUCCCGCACUCGAUCUACGCGCUCGCCUUCUCCCCCACCGCGCCCGUCCUCGCCUCCGGUAGCUUCCUCGAGGACCUCCACAACCGCGUCUCCCUGCUCUCCUUCGACCCCGUCCGCCCCUCCGCCGCCUCCUUCCGCGCCCUCCCGGCGCUCUCCUUCGACCACCCCUACCCACCCACCAAGCUCCAGUUCAACCCGCGCGCCGCCGCGCCGUCCCUCCUCGCCUCCUCCGCCGACACGCUCCGCAUCUGGCACGCCCCGCUCGACGACCUCUCCGCCGCCGCCUCCGCGCCCGAGAUCCGCUCCGUUCUCGACAACCGCAAGGCCGCCUCCGAGUUCUGCGCGCCCCUCACCUCCUUCGAUUGGAACGAGGUCGAGCCCCGCCUUAUCGGGACCGCCUCCAUCGACACCACCUGCACCGUCUGGGACAUCGACCGCGGCGUCGUGGAGACGCAGCUCAUCGCGCACGACAAGGCCGUGCACGACAUCGCCUGGGGGGAGGCCGGGGUCUUCGCCUCCGUCUCGGCCGACGGCUCCGUCCGCGUCUUCGACCUCCGGGACAAGGAGCACUCCACCAUCGUCUACGAGAGCCCCCGCCCCGACACGCCGCUGCUCAGGCUGGCCUGGAACCGCUCUGACCUCCGCUAUAUGGCCGCGCUGCUCAUGGACAGCAGCGCCAUCGUCGUGCUCGACAUACGUGCGCCCGGGGUGCCGGUGGCCGAGCUGCACCGACACCGGGCGUGCGCCAACGCAGUCGCGUGGGCGCCGCAGGCCACGAGGCACCUCUGCUCGGCUGGGGACGACGGGCAGGCACUGAUCUGGGAACUGCCCGAGACGGCGGCGGCUGUACCCGCCGAGGGGAUUGAUCCUGUGUUAGUGUACGACGCAGGCGCCGAAAUAAACCAACUUCAGUGGGCGGCCGCCCACCCGGACUGGAUGGCCAUCGCCUUUGAGAACAAGGUCCAGCUUCUUAGGGUCUGA